GAGGUGUUGGAGCUCGGAAACUGGGGUGGGCCUUGCUCCUGGCCGGGCUGCUUCGUUCCCUGCGUGGGGAACGCUAUCUUGAGCCGGACCCGGGGGUGACGCGUGGAGCGGCUGGUCCAGUCAUGGCAGACUACUGGAAGUCACAACCAAAGAAAUUCUGUGAUUACUGCAAGUGCUGGAUAGCGGACAAUAGGCCUAGUGUUGAAUUUCAUGAAAGGGGAAAGAAUCAUAAGGAAAAUGUGGCAAAGAGGAUCAGUGAGAUUAAACAGAAAAGCCUGGAUAAGGCAAAGGAAGAAGAAAAGGCAUCAAAGGAGUUUGCUGCAAUGGAGGCAGCUGCCCUGAAAGCAUACCAAGAGGAUUUGAAAAGGCUUGGCUUAGAGUCAGAAAUAUCAGAGCCAAGCAUAUCACCAGAAACCAGCACUGUCCCACCCACCUCUGCAUCAAAUCAGCAGAAAGAAAAGAAGAAAAGGAAAAAAGAGUCUUCAAAGGGCAGAUGGGUAGAAGGCAUAACCUCUGAGGGUUACCAUUACUAUUAUGAUCUUAUCACAGGAGCUUCUCAAUGGGAGAAACCCGAAGGAUUUCAAGGAAACUUAAAAAAGACAUCAGUGAAGGCUGUUUGGGUAGAAGGUUUAAGUGAAGAUGGUUUUACCUAUUAUUAUAAUACAGAAACAGGAGAAUCCAGAUGGGAAAAACCUGAUGAUUUCAUUCCACACUCUGGCGAUCUGCUUUCAAGUAAAGUCAAUGAAACGUCACUUGACACCCUAGAAGAAUCCAAAUCAUCAGAUUCACAUAUAGAUUCUGAUGUGGAACAGGAAACAGAAAAGAUAGAGGUCCCUACAGAAACACCAAAGCUAAAAAUAAAGUUUAAGGAAAAAAAUAAAAAUAGUGGUGAAGGAACUGAACCAGAAAAACAGAAAGAAAAAAUCCAAGAGCAGAAGUCAUCAGGAUCAAAUGAAGAAAAAUCCAAAGCACAUAAAAAACCAAACCCAUAUGGAGAAUGGCAAGAAAUUAAACAAGAAGUUGAGUCUCACGAGGAGGUAGAUUUGGAACUUCCAAGCACCGAAAAUGAUUAUGUAUCAACUUUAGAAGCUGAUAAUGGUGGGGAACCCAAAGUGGUUUUUAAAGAAAAAACAGUCACAUCUCUUGGAGUCAUGGCAGAUGGAGUGGCCCCAGUCUUCAAAAAGAGAAGAAUUGAAAAUGGAAAGUCUAGAAAUUUAAGACAACGAGGUGAUGAUCAAUAAUUGGAAAGAGGUUUUUGAACAUUAUUUUUGGACAGAAUGAAGACUACACAUCUUAAAAGCUUCUCUGUGUUAUUUCUAAAUACUUU